AGUAGGCCUCCGUCAUAGCCGCAUCAAAGACGUGCAGCGAGCGAAUUGAAGGUCAUGGCACCGCGUCGUCACCUGGGGCAAGUCCAGGGCUUCGAAGAGGCCGGAAUAACACGCUGCUGCGUUCCCUCGGGAGAAUGCCUUCGCGCCCAGCAGCAGAUGAACAACAACGACCACAUGAUCAUCUCCCUGGAUGACCUGCGGGACACCGUCCGCGUGACCUGCAACAACGAAAUGUGCGUCUCCGGGAGGUAUAUGCACAGAGAGUGCUUCGAACAGUGGGAGCAGUCGGUGCUCGCCUAUCUCAAGACCUGCGGAAGGGCCAGGUCGUGGUCUGAGAGGCAGAGACACCAGAACUUGUGGACGAAAAAGGGGUAUGACCUCGCGUACAAAGCGUGCGGGUGCAAGUGCGGUCGUGGGCACCUCAAAAAGGACUUGGACUGGAUGCCGCCGCCUCCCACCAGCAAUAUCUUCGGAAGGAUCGAGGAAGUAGACGUCGGGAAGAAGAAGAAGAGGAGAAACAGGAACGCCAGGCCUAGUCUGGCGAUUUCUACGAAUCAUGCUUUGGGGAUGGACGUCAGAGCUCGAGCCGGGAGUCUGUCAUGCUCGAGCACCGGGUCGUCAAGCCCCCCAACUUCGGGGAGCGAGCCCAGUAUCUCCCCCGUGCACGCACACGCGAAAAAGAAGAGCAAGGUGGACGUGCCCGAUAGAAUCCGGUAAGUGGUAUUGAUAAACAUCGAAAUGUCAAAAAGAAAAUCAUUUUGAGCAACAUGUAGGUAAUAUUUGAAAAAUACUAGCCUUCUGUGACCACCUGUGUAAUUUGCAGUUACCUCAAAGCGAAAACGUCUUGCUUGUGACAGAUUUGAGUGAAGUGAAUGAAAUAUGUCAUGUAAGACUGUUACUGUUUCGAGGACUGUAAAAAUAUUUGACGACAGUUAUAAGUAUUCAAAAUUAUUAGAUUUCCUAGUCCUUUCCGAGGUGUAAAACAAACAAAUAUUUAU